AUUCCCAGGACCCUCCCUGUUCGGCCGCCCGGGUCUCAGAGGGACGAUGAUGCUGCAGUGGUGGCUGGUUUUGGCUGGUGAAUUCAUCUUCAUUUGCAUUUCCAGCCAGUUUUCACUGCAGAAGAGACAGUGUGUUUUCCAUGUGAACAGCAAAGCUUAUAACACUCAACAAAAUCACAAAUACGUGACUGCUGGUAAUGUGAGUGGGUCGGUGCAGGACUGUGAGAACACCCACUGCUGCGUGGGAUACUUCCUGGUUAUUAACGGCCAGCCGGUGGUCGACCUUCUCGCUUGUGACGUGGCUGAAAAGUCUUGCCCAGAUGCAACCUGCAAGACACAAACACGGUUUAACAGUAGCCUCAUUAAAUGUGUGUGUAACACAGACCUCUGCAACAGCAACUUAACUUGGACACAUUCAGAACAGCCUCGACUCACCUACUCUCAUUUUGCAGAUGACGUCAUGAAGGUUGUUUUGAUUCUGAUUAGUAUUUCGCUCGUCCUCGUCCUCAUGAUCGUUGCCGCCAAGUGGAGAAACCUCUUCAAAGACAAACAGAGGAAACUACAAGCUGUUGAUUGUUGUGUGUCCCCGUCGUGUUCCUGCCAAACAGCAAAAACCUCUGAGAUUGAUGUAGCAGACAUUGAACUACAGCAGAUUCUGGGCCGUGGCUAUUUUGCUACUGUCUGGCAGGGGAAAUACAGAGGAUCCACGGUGGCUGUGAAAGUUUUCCCUGCAGGUUGGAGACAAACAUUUUCCACAGAGAAGGAGGUGUAUGAGCUGCCACUGAUGAAGCAUGCUGCGAUUCUCCACUUCCUGGGCACUGGGAGGAAGGCGGAUGAUAGCAGUUUGCACAUCGUUCUGCAGUUUGCUGAAUAUGGUUCUCUUCAUUCCUUUCUGUGUAAACACACCACCAGCUGGAUGCUGUCACUGAAGUUGUGCCAGUCCUUAUCGCAGGGACUUUCCUAUCUCCACUCUGACCUUCGCAGAUAUGACGUGCACAAACCUCCUGUGGCUCACAGAGACCUCAGCAGCUCCAACGUGCUUGUGAAAGCAGAUGGAACCUGUGCCCUGUGUGAUUUUGGAUGCUCCGCCAUCCUGCGUUCAUGUUCAGGACAUCACAGCUGGCAGCGGAGCCACACCACACACAAGAUGAGAACGACACAGGGUUAUCGUCAGUUGGGCACACUGCGCUACAUGGCCCCUGAGAUCCUGGAGGGCUCUGUAAACCUGAGCAGAAGGUGGUGUCUCAUGCAGACGGACAUCUAUGCUUUGGGACUGCUGCUGUGGGAGAUCUGGAUGCGCUGCUCAGAUUUAUCUGAAGGCAGUAUUGUUCCACCACAUCUGUUGCCGUAUGAAUCUGAGCUGGGAGCCAAUGUAACACUGAGGAGCCUCAUCAUGUUUGUGUUAAACCUGGACAAGAGACCCUCCAUUCCUGAACACUGGGAGCUGCUGCCACAGGGAUCUGCACUGCAGGAGCUCCUGACAGACUGUUGGGAUUUUGACCCGGACGCUCGGCUGACAGCUCAGUGUGUCGUGGACAGAUUAGUCUCUCUCCAGUCUUAUGUCUCUGAAAGCAGCUCAUGACUCGGACUUGCUGUUGCACUGUUCUCUUUGCAGAGGUUUUAAUCAGGUAGAAUUCUACAGGUAAAACCCAUUAACUUGAACAUUACUACAUCUUAAUCCAGGUACAUUAUAAAAAAAAUAUCCAUAUUGUUGUGAUUAUUGAGAAAGAAACAUCACUUAUGGGAGAAAAUGAAAUGUGUUUCCAUAACCUCAGCAUGUAGCUUGGUAUUCUGUGCCUUAUAUUAUCACUUCCUUGUUCUGUUUUAAAUUUUUACAUUUGUACUCUCACCUAGUUCCCAUCUUGUAAUCUAUUUUAAUCAUUUUAUCAUAUUACUAUUUCCUCAUCUGUAACAUGUUUUUAUUUCUGUAUGUAAUGCUGUAUGAUCUUCGAAUAGUUUUUAAUUGUUUCUCAUUGGUUUUUUUAAACAGUUUCUUAUUGUUUGCCUUCAAUUUUUUAUUUUAAC